AUGUCUCUCAAGCGAAAGAGAGGAAUCGAGGAGAUCAUCGACUCCCGGAUCGUCACUUUCGUCAUUGGCAAAGGCGAUUCGAAGCGCGAAUUCCGUGUCCACGAGGGGGCUUUGGUCCAUCUGUCGGAGCCUCUUCGAGCUUUGCUUACUGGCGGUAUGCAAGAAUCCCUCGAGGGCAAGAUCAUUUGGGACGACGUCGAACCUGCCACCUUUGUCCUCCUUUUGGAAUAUGCCUACAGCGGCCUCUACCCUAUACCCUACCCCGACAACGAAUCCAACGCCAAAUGCGGCUCAGAGGAAGCAGGAGACGCCGGAACAGAAGUUAAACAACCUGAUUCGAUACGAAGCUUUAUAGAGUUCUGGGCAUCAGUGAGUUGGAAAAAACACAUCGCAGUAUUGGAAUUUUGCAAGAAGCACUUCUGCAAGUAUGGAGUCAAUGAGACGACUUUAACAGGCAGAGACCGAUCCCUCCGGAAAGAGGCCAUCCGGAAGGAGGGACUGGAUUCAAGAAUCAACAUCGCACUGGAUCACCUCUUGAAGCCAGCGGAACUCUACAUUCUUGCCGACAGGUAUCUUAUAGAUGACCUCACGGAAUUAUGCGUCAAUGAGGUUGGCCGAAAGCUGUGCAACGCAGCUGGAGACGAGAUGCUGGUUGAUCACGUGUGCUCUGUACUUCGCUUUCUACAUGCACAGACAUCACCACAGGACACACUUCGCAAGCUACUUCUACGAUUCCUCAUUAGCGAUAUAGAAUACGCAAUUAUAGGAGUUCGAAAACUGGUCUGCGACUUCGCGGACUACGCUGUGGAACUGCUACUUGAGAUUCCCCAUACCUACUGGGAGGAACUUCAAAGUCAAACGUGA